AAAGUUUCGACGUUACGUCCAAAUACCAGGGUCGUAGCGCCCUUGUUUCGGGAGGAGUGGCUCGUCGUUGUAUGCCCUCUCGGUGACUAGAGACCAAAUCGAAGGUUCUAAAUGAGGCUCCGAGGCGACACCGUUUCCAGCGAAGCGACCUCGCUUCAGUCGCUUCGCUCAAAUCGGUGUCGCCGCGAAGCUCGGAGCCACACAUCGGACGAAAGUGUAUAUUUCCAAAUACAAAUGCAAAUGUAUUUGUAGUGCAGACUCUCGCAAAAAAUAUUAUACCAGUGAUUUCUGGCAUAAAGCCCGUUUACUGCACGACUCCGUGGUGAAGACAACUCAAAACCGUCCUUUGUACACAGGAGGCCCGCGAACAUGCCAGACUGGAAUGCAAGCUUGGGUUUCCUGUGGUUUCUUUCAAGAUCAAAAUGGCCGACCAGCGUCUCUUCGUGAAAAAGAAAAUAAAAAGAUGAAGCAAAAAUCUAUGAGGUAACUGUGGUUUGCAUGAAAACAUCAUGGGCGAUAAUGAGCAAAUCAGUUCUACCUCUGUGGAAAUGAAUAUGAUAACACAAACUAAUGACAGUAAUCAAGAGUUGAUUUGCAAGCAAGAAAUUAAAGUUGAGCCAGAGUAUUUUGAUUUAAACAGUAUUGUACAAGAGGCAUCAAAUACGUUGGACUCAUGUAAUAAGUUGUACCAAUGUGAUGAGUGUGGUAAGUGCUUUGCCCGUCGUCCAAACCUGAAAGCACACCAAAAGAUCCAUUCAGGACAGAAGCCAUAUGAAUGUGAUAAAUGUGGCAAGUGCUUUGGUCGACGUGAACACCUAAAAAUUCACCAAAUAGUUUAUUCAGGACAGAAACCACACAAAUGUGAUGAAUGUGGAAAGUGCUUUCGCCAUUCUGGAGCCCUGAAAAUACACCUAACGAUUCACUCUGGACAGAAACCACACAAGUGUGAUAUAUGUGGCAAGUGCUUUAGACUAUCUGGAAGUCUAAAUCAGCACCUAAUGAUUCACUCAGGACAGAAACCAUUCAAAUGUGAUGAAUGUGGCAAGUGCUUUAAUCAACAGGGAUACCUUAAAAAACACUUAAUGAUCCACACAGGACACAAACCACACAAAUGUGAUGAAUGUGGCAAGUACUUUACUCAUUAUGGAAAUCUAAAAUUCCACCUAAUGACUCACUCAGGGCAGAAACCACAUAAAUGUGAUAAAUGUGGGAAGAGUUUUAACCAAUCUCGAAGCCUUAAAAAUCACCUAAUGUCUCACUCAGGAGAGAAACCACACAAAUGUGAUGAAUGUGGCAAGUGCUUUUGCAGACCUGACAACCUCAAAGAGCAUCUCAUUACUCACUCAGGACAGAAACCACACAAAUGUGAUGAAUGUGGCAAGUGCUUUACCCAAAGUAAAUCCCUGAGAAGACACCUAAUGAUACACUCAGGAGAGAAACCACACAAAUGUGAUAAAUGUGGCAAGGGUUUUAUCCAAUCAGGAGACCAUAAAAAACACCUAAUGACUCACUCAAGACAGAAACCACACAAAUGUGAUGAAUGUGGCAAGUGCUUUACCCAAAGUAGAGCCCUGAGAAGACACCUAAUGAUACACUCAGGACAGAAACCACACAAAUGUGAUGAAUGUGGCAAGUGCUUUCGCCUAUCUGGAAACCUUAAAAAACACCUAGUGACUCACUCAGACUCAUGACUCACUCCAGUCAAUCUACCAAAGUUUAUAGCCGAUGACAUUCUAAACAACAUCCCAAAAGUUCUCCAAAGUUAUUUUUGGGGAAAAUCCCAAAAUUUAACAAUAAACAUUUUCUUUUGUUAGCCAUCUUGGUUAUUCAUGAGUGCACUGGCUGAGAGAAGGCUUUGCUCAUUAAUAACAUUAGAAUCCAAGAUGGCUGA